GCGAGCCGCAGCGCGCUGUCAAACGGGGCGCGAGAGCAGAGCGAAGCAGAGUCCAGAGGGCGAGAAGUAAAAGACCCGGAGUCAGAGAGGUAAACCAGGAAACAACACAGAGUGAGGCUGAAGAGUAAAGAGUGUUAACAUCUGGAUUAUUUACAAAGGAAAAGCCGCGUGACUGCGAGAAGAAAAAAACAAAAAAAAACAAAAAAACACCGAAAACCGGAGGAGUUUUGAAAGACGAGUCCACAGUCCUCAGGGAAACCGGAGAGAAAGACCAACUCUGACUAAUUUGAACAAUAUCACCGCUGUCUUGUGAAGCAUCAAAAAAGGCUGAAGAGUCACCGAAGCGUCUCAGACUCAGAGUCCUCUUCGUCAUUUCUUUUGCACCCCGGUGUUUUCACCGGUUGAGCUCCAUGUAUAAAAUGGAUUACUCCUACCUGAACUCCUAUGACUCCUGCAUGGCAGCCAUGGAAGCGUCGGCCUACGCGGACUUCAGCUCGUGCAGCCAGGCCAGCUCCUUUCAGUACAACCCGAUCCGGAGUGGACCCUUCUCCAACCCGGGCUGCACCCCGCUCAGCACGGCCAGCUGCACCUUAGGAGCUCUGCGGGAGCACCAGCCCACACCUUACUCCUCAGUUCCUUACAAGUUUUUCUCGGACCCCUCUGGCCUGAAUGAGAAGAGGAAGCAGCGGCGCAUCCGGACCACUUUCACCAGCUCCCAGCUGAAGGAGCUGGAGAGAGUCUUUGCUGAAACCCACUACCCUGAUAUCUACACACGAGAGGAGCUGGCACUGAAGAUAGACCUGACCGAGGCCCGUGUACAGGUGUGGUUUCAGAACCGACGUGCCAAGUUUCGUAAGCAGGAGCGUGCAGCCAACGCCAAAGCCAACAACUCUGGGGGUCCCAACGGCAGCACCAGCAGCAGUAGCAGCUCUGGAGGGAAAAAGAGUGGAGAGCCGAGAUCUUCAUCAGAUGAUGAUGAAUCCAAAGAAUCCACCUGCAGCCCGACACCCGACAGCACGGCCUCCUUGCCGGGCUCAGCCAAUGGCAACCUUGGCAGCCCCGCCAGCCUGAGCCCCAGCCCUGUUCCUGCCAACAGCAUCUACAGCAACGCCUCCAGCUCUCCGGUUCUCCAGGGACUGAAGCCGCCCAGCUGGUCCAGUCUGGGGCCGUCCAACCCGGCCGUGGCUCAGCCUGCCGUGCAGACUCAGGAGAUCCUGAAGGCCUGGCAGCCGGCGGACAGUAUGACCGGGCCCUUUGCCGGAGUACUGUCCUCCUUCCAUAGAAAACCCAACCCUGCCAUCAAGACGAACCUGUUCUGAAGCACAGAGGGAGAGAAAAUGAGAACCAAACAUUAUGUGGUACUACAGGAUCAGUGUUGGGACAGUCUGGCCGAGUCCAGUGGUUCUAGUCUGAUGUAGUCCCGCAGGGCCCUCUUACCUUCUCUAAAAACCUCUACUGUUAAACUGAUUCAAAGCUCAGAUGAACUCAAAUGUCUGGUCAUCAUCGCCCACUAAACUAUCAGGUGUGUCAGUUCCUUUCCUACAACACUUUUACUCUUCACAUUUACCCUGAAACCAGAGCUGCUCAAAUAGCUAAUAGAAAGAGUAUCGUCAGCUCUACAUAAGAUGUUAAACUCUUCAUGCUCAGGCCAUUUUAACUUCACAUUUUUGAGUGUGUAGCCGAAUCAGAACUGCUUUUGGCUGAAAAACCACAUUCGAUUGACAACACACAUACAAAUCUCCUUUUUUCUGCUUUUCUUUCACUCAAAUUCCCACACUGGCUGCAUUGCAAACUAACCCCAUCCUGCAUGGCGGUCAGGUACGAUGUUAAAGCAGAAAUCCAAACAUCAUGCUCCAGUUUCUGCUGGGAAAACAAAACAAACAAACUUUUACCCUCAAGCACAACUUCCUCUAAGCCCUCUGACACACAGUACCACCGUAAGACAACAGGGUCCCCCUUAAAUCUCUUUGCCUAACAGAGCAGAGCAACCAGAAAUCCAAUUAAAGCAGCCGGGUCCAGACCAGACACAUCCCCAGUUCAUCCCUCUCCUUGUCCUUCUUUACUGUAUCAAGUCAUGAAUCCUUCACAAACAUCCUCUAUGUGGUCCCCAUCCCUUCACUCCCUCUGUCCCAUCAUGCCUUUCUCUAACAGUGGGCACUUUGUUUAAAUGCACCAAGGCAAGGAAAACUAUAACGGACUUGGUAUCAUGGUACUACUUCUGGUUUCUCACUGUCGUUGAGAGUUUUUGGAUGAUUUUUCUGCUUGAUUAAGAAAAAUGACUGUCGCAUCAGUUUUGUGCUUUGAGCUCAAGCCGACCUACAGCGUGUCCCCCACUCUGACUUUUUGAUCAGUUUAUGAACGCUGCCACAAUAUAUAUUGGGCAAUCUUUUGCCGAAAAUUCCACGAGCCAGUCAGACAUUGGCUGUAGAGAGAGACAGCAUCUCUACAAAGUUGCUUGUGUAUCACCCGUUGUUUCUUUUGUGGCAAAUCACUGAAAAAAAGACUGAUUUCUAAGCUGUUUUUUUCCAGAAGAGUUUGCUCCAGAUAUCUCAAAAUGGGGAACAAAAUGUAUUUAUUAAUAUUCUUUAAUAUGUCGGUGAAAAACCCACAGAUUUCGCUGGACUGCUCCUUGAAAUUUUGUGACUGUAAAUCCCGUAUUUAGUAAUAUAAAUAUUAGGUAGGGUUUUGAUUUAUUUCUCUCAUGUUGCUUUACAGAUUGAUUUCAUUGCAGAGCGCCUGUGUCCCAGACCAACAUGUUCAUGAAAUCUAAGAAUUGACGGACGCUCUAGUGAAUGAGAAGUUAUAGCACUACUCUGAAUAUUCUAAUAAAUCUACAUUAUGGAAGCACUACACGAGGAGUUUAAUGAUCUGAUUUCUUGUGUGUAAAAAGUGUGAUGAGUGUGAUGUGUGCAAAAGUCAGACCCCAAAGAUUGUUAAAUCUGUGGAAAAUUUGAGGUACACACUUGUGAUAUUAUGGUUAACUUUAACCUUAGAGGACUAUGACUUAUUAAAAUAUUACCUCACACUUUCCCUUUCCUGUAUUGAGGUGGGUCUACAGCUCACGGAUUG